AUGGUUUACAAUAAGCCCAGCACAUCUAGUGGUGGCAUGAAGCGCUCAGCUUCGGCCCUUCACGAAGGCGCACCUGGGUGGGAUAUUGCUCCUCCCAUGAUGACACCAGCGCCCUCCGUACCUUUCCGUAUGCCCUUCGCGCAUUAUGCUCUGAUCUAUCUCGAUAAUGAGGGCAAGCUCAAGGUCGACGAGUCUGCCUCCAUCCAAGAACAAAAUUCUACCAUUUUCACUCCAGAGGUUCGCCAGAAUUUCCUUGAGAUCCUCGGAGAACGUAUUGGUUUCCACCAGCCUAUCCGCCGUACAUUGGAUGCUUCUCCUCGCCGUGUUCGCCGUCGUCGCGGUAACGCGCCAGUCUCUGACGACCGUCUGGCCGAUGCUGGCUCUGACAGCGACGAUUGCGCUCCUAAUGGCUCUAACGAGAUGGUUCCCCUCCGUAUUGGGGACACCCCUAAGGUUUUGGCGUACUACGAAGGAGCCCUGAAGCACUUCCAACAACUCAACUGCCGCAUGGUCGCCAAGGCUUUUAUUAAGUUCAUCGAGCCCCGCAAACAGGUUCGACACCCAUACAAUGGUGGCAAACCCCCAGCAGGCUCUGCUCCCGGCACCACCGGCGAUCCUGAGAAGACCAAGCCUGAGUGGUGGCCCCCGGGUGUUAUGCACAAGGAGCCUGACCACCUGCGCAAAGAGUACCGUAUUGAGCUUCUGCUUCAUAUCAUUCGCAAACUUGGCAGCCAUAACAUUACUGCCGACAAGCUGAAAGAAGUCGCUGGCGACACUAAGCGCAGUCUAAAGCAUCCCUCGCAUGUUGACAUCAUCUACGAGAUCCUGCGCGUGCGCAAGAUGGAGGAGCGCCUUGAGCGGGGCGAGGUUGAUGCUAGCAUGGUUGUCUACGUGAUGAACCGAGGACCUAGUCCCAAGGGCGAUGACGAGGAGGAAUCCAACGAACCCACUCAUGUUCCUGUUCCUAAUGUGGAAGCUGCCGAACCCAUUGAAGAAGGCCUUCUUACUCCAACCUCCUCGAUCGAGCAAACUGCACCCUUGACCACGCCCAUUGAUGCGAUGACUAUGGGGCCGACCCGGUCCCUUUCAACCAGCUUUUCAGUCCCUCACCCUCUCAGCUUUGAUGGGCACCGGCAAGACCGGCCUUAUUACGCCACGCCUCCAAACUACACAGACUCCUUCUCACAGCCGAUGCUGAAUACCCCGGUCACCGCCGAGAUGAUCAGCCCGCAUGAUGUCUCCGUUUUCGACUAUCCAACCUCCCACCCCUUCCAGACAUCAACCCCAGACCAGAAAUACGAUGCCUGGGCACCUACCUUCCGCCAGACACUGUUCAGCCCAGUGGACUACAACGCUCCGUCCGUAACACACGGCCUCCCUGAGCCGUCAAUGGCUUACCACCUGCCCAUGGCAUCGCCUGCCCAGCUCCACGAAAUGUCCCACACGUCGCCAUUGGACUCGAUGAGCCAACGAGCACUGCCUUUCCGCACUGGCUCCCUCGGUCACCCGCAUGAAUUGCCUCUCUCUCACACUGCCUAA